AUGCAAAAAUUUGUGAAUUUUCAAUAUUGGCUAACUAGUGGCGUUUAUUUAUUUGGUGUUGGUGUUUUUGUUUUAUCAAAAUAUCAUGACGAAGAGAAAAUUUGUGUUUCAUCGGUUUUAUUGGAACUUGAAGGAUAUUUUGCUGGGAAUCUUCCGAUGAUUUUGUGGUUGGUUUUUCUCAAUUUUCAAGUUCUAUGCUCGCCAGAUUUGUCGAAAAACAACUCAAAAAAAUAAUUUUCCAGUUACUGUUACGAAUUAAUCAAUGUUAUUUCGGUUUCUGAAAUCAAUCUAAUUCUGCUAUGUUUUCUCCAUAUUUCCUUUGAAAAUAUUUCAAAAAUUAUCCAAAUUCCUGGAAUUUAUGGAUUUGCAGUUCAAUUAAUAGCAAUGUUUCAAAUUGAGACUCCUUAUCGGGUAAAGUAAAUAUUACCUAAUUUUUUUAAUUUCUGAAAUCAAUUUCAGAUUUCUUAUAAGUGUCCAUCUGAAUUUCAAACACCAAUAUUGAAUACAAUUCGAUUAUUUUCUUGGCCAAUUUUAGUCAUUUAUGCUAUUAUUUCUCUGAAAUCGAAGAUCAAUAGGAAUCUCGAAAUUUUGGCGAUAUUGAUAUAUGGAAAUAUUCGGCUGAUUUUUGAAAAUAUCGGAUUUUUUGAAGAUUUUUGGAUAUAUGAUUCAAGGAAUUUUAUGUUAUCGAUCUCGUUUCCAAUGAUUUUUAUGUUUUCGGAGAAAAUUGGGGAAUUUCGAUAUUUUGCGAGGGUUUCGCCGCAAAACUAG